AUGGCGACUAGUCAUCUUAAAAUUCUGGAUGACCUAGCGCGAGACUUGAAAGUGAACACGAAUGGUUUACUAAAUGCACGGAAGUUGGCUAAGGGCUACGAAGACCUCGUGGUUGUGCUUAUCGAGCCCACCGAUAAGGCUGCAGAAGUGCCUUAUACAGAGAUGUUAGCUGCCUCGCCAACGCUGCUCUACGUGAAUGAAACUUUGCAAUUUGCGUCCGGUGAUCAGAGAGACAUCGAUAAUACUAUUGUCUUAGAUGUUCGGGCUUUUCGAAGUAACUCUGUCCGAACCAAUCAAAGUCUGAAUGAUCAGAUCCGUGACGACGAGUUAGCGUACAGCAAAUUCGAGCAAAUCAUGAAUAUUUUACGUCCUCGUGUCGUUAUUGUGUGCCAAUGCGCGACAGAAAAAGUGAACAACAUGUUUGUGCGAGGUAUUUGUUCGUCUGUCGAAGAAGCCGGAGAUAUAUAUAUCCAGAAGUUCCCAAACGACCACGAAUGUCUCUUUGUGCAAAGCUUUCAUCCUAUGUACUAUGGAAGGUCGGAAGACUGUGCCCUUAAGAGGGUCAUGCGUGAGUAUUUAUUCGAUACCACCUUCAUCAUCGCGUUAAAUGCGCUAGCUGGGGAUCGGAUAUCUGGCAUGGGGGUCAAGAAUCUUAGAAGAUGUGCGCAAGAUGGGCCUGCUUUCAUCGUUGCACCUGAAGGAGUCUAUAUUUCCUAUCAGUGGGUAAAUCAGCAGGACGUCGCGUCAGGCAAACUGUUGAAAUGCUUACAAUCUAUGGAGCGCUUGCAAACCAUUUCACGACCGCUUGAAGAAGUUGAUCGGGUUCUCGCAAGAUAUAAGGGAACUGAAUGGAGCCGUUCUUCCUUGUUGGAUCUUACAUUGAAAAAGGAUAUAUUGGAGAAACUCGGCGGAGACAUUAAACCGUUACCACCUACGCAACCCCUUGCUUGGUAG